CCUCACCCUCCACCAUACGAAUCUCCCUCGUCUCGCCCCAGCAAUAUCUAACACUUUAAAGUGUCUAGCCUCGCGAUCGACUGGUCCUCCAUCCCUUGUUUCCACACCUAAAUUGCUACCUUGUGCCGUUCAUGCCUGACAGUACCUGGGGAAAGCCAGCACCUGACAAGGCUUGGCGAUCAGAGCAGAAUCUGUCUUCAUCACAAACCCGUAAUCUUCAUAUUGGCAAGAUUACGUUUCAUCCACAGCCUGCACCUAAGUUCAACGACAAGGUCCCAGCCAGCAUGUCGAAGCUCUCAAACUCGCUCAAGGCGCUCAUCAACGCCACUCAUGCCAAACCUGAUAUGUUACCCGCACCGCCAAAGAUUCGGUCGACAUUCGCCCGGAUAGCCGAAUCAGCCAAAAUAAAGAAUGUCGGGAUUCCGGCCUGGCUCACCAUUUCAACCGCCACAACCAUGACGAUGAAUUCACCAUCUUCCCUCGUGGAGUUGUAUCACUAUACCCAGUCACUUCCCGACGCCCCUUCCGGGCCCAAAACCAUUGAACUGAUGAGAGAGGUCGGAUUGAAGUGUAUAUCAUUCAAUGGGAUCCCUCGAAGCAUCAAUUGUCUUGGCGCUUUCAAGGAGGGUCUUCCCCAGGAUGUUUUCAGCCAAAUCACGCCUCCCCCGUCUCGACAAUUGACGCCAGAGAACCUCAAAGAUCGUCUGGAGGGUGGCUGGAACCUGUGGGCUUCGGUUUAUCGUCCUUUUGAGAACAAGUUGUACGACAAGCUUGCCGCAUCUCAUCCAAAUCUGCCCGUACAUAUUUUGAACGCGCACUACGGCACUCUGUUGGGAAAUCCUCCCACGCCGGACACAUCGGUCAAUGUUGGGCGAGUUCUGACAUCGUUGGUUGCCAUUGCCUGCCUCAGGUCACAGACUGGUGUCGGUCCACAGGUCGUCAGUCACUGUUUCGGUCUUCGAAAGGCCUUCGCUGACGGCACGGCGGAAAAGGACGUUGAGGGAGCCGAGUGGUUGGCCACGGACGAGGGCAACCAAUGGAUACUCCACACCAUUGAUGAGCUUGUCCAAGGUUUGAGUGGCGGAGCAGGAACCACCUUUGCUCCGGGCUAUGCUUCGGAUAAUUUAAAGGCGAAGCUGUGAGAGGGAAUCCUCUAGCAGUUAUCACUUUGAUCUGUCCAGCAUAGCUUGAUAUAGAAAUGGUACAUAAACAAUAUACAUAGUAUCUUUGUCGUAUCAAAGUGGAUCAAAAGUAUAGAGGUCGG